GGGGUAACCCGGGCCACAGGGGCAGGAAAGUGAGGGCCCAGGUCGGCCCGGGUGUGCAGGGGCCCCGGCUUCGCUGCGGCGGCGGCAGCUGCUACAGCGAGAGCUGCAUUGGGAGCAGCGGGAGCGCCAGGGGGAGCCGCGAAGCCGAUGGAGGCAGCGGCGGCUCCGAUUCCUCGCUGAGCGCCCGUCCUCCCGUCUGCAUUGAGCGCCAUGUUACCGAGCCAAGCUGGGGCCGCGGCAGCGCUGGGCCGGGGCUCGGCCCUGGGGGGCAGCCUGAACCGGACCGCGACGGGACGGCCGGGCAGCGGCGGCGGCGGGACUCGCGGGGCUAACGGGGCCCGGGGGCCCGGGAACGGCGCGGGGCUCGGGCCAGGCCGCCUGGACCGGGAGGCUGCAGCGGCGGCGGCCAGCACCCCGGCGCCCGCCGCGGGGGCCCUGUACAGCGGCAGCGAGGGCGACUCCGAGUCGGGCGAAGAGGAGGAGCUGGGCGCCGAGCGGCGCGGCCUGAAGCGGAGCCUCAGCGAGAUGGAGCUCGGCGUCGUGGUCGGUGGGCCCGAGGCGUCGGCCGCGGCCACCGGGGGUUACGGGCCGGUGAGCGGCGCGGUGAGCGGGGCUAAGCCGGGUAAGAAGACCCGGGGCCGCGUGAAGAUCAAGAUGGAGUUCAUCGACAACAAGCUGCGGCGCUACACGACCUUCAGCAAGAGGAAGACGGGCAUCAUGAAGAAGGCCUACGAACUGUCCACGCUCACAGGGACACAGGUGCUGUUGCUGGUGGCCAGCGAGACAGGCCAUGUGUACACCUUUGCCACCCGAAAACUGCAGCCCAUGAUCACCAGCGAGACUGGCAAGGCGCUGAUUCAGACCUGCCUCAACUCGCCAGACUCUCCGCCCCGCUCAGACCCCACCACCGACCAGAGAAUGAGUGCCACGGGCUUUGAGGAGACCGACCUCACCUACCAGGUGUCCGAGUCCGACAGUAGUGGGGAAACCAAGGACACGCUGAAGCCGGCAUUCACAGUCACCAACCUGCCGGGGACCACCUCUACCAUCCAAACAGCACCCAGCACCUCCACCACCAUGCAAGUCAGCAGCGGCCCCUCCUUCCCCAUCACUAACUACCUGGCACCAGUGUCUGCUAGCGUCAGCCCCAGCGCGGUCAGCAGUGCCAACGGGACUGUACUGAAGAGUACAGGCAGUGGCCCUGUCUCGACCUCUGGGGGCCUCAUGCAGCUGCCCACCAGCUUCACUCUCAUGCCUGGUGGAGCAGUGGCCCAGCAGGUCCCUGUGCAGGCUAUUCAGGUGCACCAGGCCCCGCAGCAAGCGUCUCCCUCUCGAGACAGCAACACAGAUCUCACGCAGACCUCCUCCAGCGGCACAGUGACGCUGCCCGCCACCAUCAUGACAUCGUCCGUGCCCACAACUGUGGGCGGCCACAUGAUGUACCCCAGCCCCCACGCAGUGAUGUACGCACCCACCUCGGGCCUGGCUGACGGCAGCCUCACCGUGCUCAAUGCCUUCUCCCAGGCGCCAUCCUCCAUGCAGGUGUCCCACAGCCAGGUCCAGGAGCAAGGCGGCGUCCCGCAGGUGUUCUUGACGGCGCCAUCUGGGACAGUACAGAUUCCUGUUUCUGCUGUUCAGCUUCAUCAGAUGGCUGUGAUAGGGCAGCAGGCUGGGAGCAGCAGCAACCUCACCGAGCUACAGGUGGUGAACCUGGACGCCACCCACAGCACCAAGAGUGACUGAUCCGUCCCGCCGCCCUGGACAGAUGACCCAAGGGAUGGCACCACUUAUUUAUUGUUGCCUUUUCACGUUUUUACACACACGUUGACGGGCCGCAGGAGGGAGGGGGAGAGGAGGAGCGGGCAGCCACCGGACUGAGCCCUCUCACUCCAGCCAAAGAAAUGGGCCUGCCCGCCCUCCACCCUGCCCUCCUCCCCUCCCCUCCUCCUGACUCCACCUCCUGAGUCUGUUGAUGGUGGGCUCCCCUCCCCUCCCCUCUUGGACUCCCCUUGCCAGCUUGGCCCCAUGUUUGCCAUGAGUAUUAGCUAUACCCAAUUGGACCGUGCCCACGCACAGGCCUUCGGUGGGACUAGGCACUGCAUCUUCCCCUGAGGAAGCAGUUGGGGCCCUCUCCCUAGCCUCCUUGCUGACCUGGGCCAGCGCUGUGUCUGCCACGGGCUGGGUCUAAAGAGCCCUACCACUGCCCCUCAGGGAGCCAGCUGGGGAGGUGGGAGGCUUCUUUCCUCCACCCACAUCCUGUGCCCCCUCAGCUCCCAAAUAGCUGGGUCCAUGCGUGCACUGGGCAGGUUCCUGGGCCAUCUGCCCUGCCUUGCCUCUCUCCCCUUGGACCUGACCUCCAGGGGCCCCUGGGAUGGAGGGAACUACCAGUGUUCCCUUUGACCCCUUGUCUUCCCCCUCCCUCCUCCCAGCUGCUUGACUUAAAAGUUGAUUUUGAACUUUUUAUUUGAGGAGACAAAGUGAAAACAAAUCUAUAAAUAUAUAUUUUUAAAAUAUUUAACUUUUUUUUAUGGCGUUUUUCUUGUCCCCCCCCCUCCCUGCCCAAACUCCCCAUCUCUGGGGAGCCCAAUGGCUCCCCAGAACUGGCUGGGCCCCAGGGGACAAGCCAUGCCCCAUGAGCUGGGGGCCUGUCAGUGUGUGGGGGAGAUCCUGGGACUGCUCCCUGCUGGGUGGUCACCAGCUGGGGGAAGUGCCCUCAGGCCAUGCCCCAAUGGGGUGAGGAGGGUAACCCACAGCCCUAGGGGACCUCUUUUUGCCCUGUAAGGUGUUGCUAGGGAGAGGGAAGAGGAAGACCAAACGUGGGAGUGGGAAAGGCAGGGUGGGGGUGGGGCAUUAGAAGGCACCCGACUUCAUUAGUGCCACAUGCAUGGGCAUUGCAGCCUUGUGCUCCUCCUUGCCUGCAGCUGCAGUGAGCAGGGUGGGGUCUGGGAGGGAGGAGAGGCAGGAAUGGGGGUCUGAGGAAGUGGAAGCGGCUCUUGGGCUCUUGGGCCGAAGACAGCAACAGGGGAGCCAGAGGUGGCCAGCUCUCCCAGGGAGUGAGCAGCUACUGUAACUUUUUUAAAUUAAGACAAAAAGCCUUGAAGAAAAUGACUUUAUUUUUCUAAGUGUAACCUCAGUAUUUAUGUAAUUUGUACAGGGGCCGAACCCCACCCCUCUCACCCCCUUUGGGGUAGACCUUGAGGGUGGGCCUGCAUAGGGGGGAUCUUUACCCUGUGCCAACCUCCCUUCACCACCUAGAUUCAGAAAGUGGGCUUUUUCAGAACCGCUGCAGCAGCUGGGGUGGAGUUUUAUUAACCCUUGAUGGCUGCCUUCAGUAGCAGCAAAUCAGCUUCUGCAAUUAGGUAAAGGGGUGUGGGAAGAUUCUAGGCACAGCCUACUUUUCAAGGGAUGAUCGGCCGACCUGUUUGAGAACCCCCUGACCUCUAACCUCCACUGCUGUCCCAUUUCGGGGUGCCGAGAUGAAGUCUCCUUUCUGGGCUUUUCUCCUGGAGAUAAUGGGUGGCUUUUCUCCUGACUCUUGGGUGGCUUGCAAGGCUGAGCAUGGCAAAGCAGGGCCCAGAGAGUGGGGGAGCUUGGGACUCAGGUCUGUAACUGCCCAGCCCCUUCUCUGCUCUUGUUUCACUCCACCCCCACUCACUCACUCUCCACCCCCCACCCUCACACGUGAGAGGAAACUUUAAUAAUUCCUCCUCUCGUUCCCACAAGACAGACCCAGUGAGUGAAUCAGGCAAAGAGUUGAUAAUGUGUGUGGUGUGAGCGUGACCUUGUGAGAACCUGUGUGUCAGGGAUGAGGUGGCAUUUCUAUGUGCAGCGACCCUUGGUGUUCCCCUUCCUCGGUGGCUCUGGGGUAUGUGUGUGCACUCGAGUGAAAGUGUGUGUGAAUGUGGGUGUGUGUGUGUGUCAGUGGUUUCUACUUCCCCCUGGGAUGCUGACCCGGGAAUAGUAGAAAUGGUCACAGUCCUAUGUACAGAGCUUUGUUUUGUAUUAAAAAAAAAUACUCUUUCAAUAAAUGUAUCAUUUUUGUGCACAGUC